AUGGCAACUGAUCAAUCUGGCUUCCAAAGCCAACUUCAAAAGUAAGAUUUCUAUAAUAUUUGAAAUCUCUGAAUAUUUUUAGGUUUGGUUCAAAUUUCCGAAACAAAUUUGAAGACACCAAGAACUUGAUCUACCAAUUGAAAGCUGUUUCUUAUUCGGAAAAAAGCACGGAUUUUGGUCUUUAUGGGGCCAAAUGUCUGGGGGAUAAUGUAAGGCUGCUUUUUCUUUGUUUACCUUUUAGGUUAUAUUACGACGUGUUUUCGGGUCGAUAUUGAUAUUAUAUACUUGUUGUUAUAGGCGUCAGAUUUCCGACGGAAUCUAACACGAGAAAUUACUGAAAACCGAGUUGAGUUGUUAGAAAAACGGAACACAGAGUUGUCGCAACGCUUGUCAGUCAACGAGACUAUAAUUCAGCGUUUUAUUCAACUAAUAACAACGGUAAGUGUGGCUAGUUAUUAGUAUACUUCGGUUAGUUUUUGAUGUAACUUUAUAGAAAGGGCAGUUAAAGUCUUGAAAGUUUGUAUGAAGUUAGAUUAUUUAGUUUGUCAACUAAUUUUCUAUACGCUCUUUAAAAUUCUGCGCUACUUUUCAACUUGUAGUACUUUUUCGAUAUGCUAUUAUUACCUAUUUUAUAAAAUUCAAUGCAAGUUUUGUAUAAUAAUACAUCUUUAUAAUGUUUUUUUUUAGUUUUCAACUAAUAAUAUAACGUGCUAACGAGAAUUUUUAUAUUUUUUUUAUUUUAGCUUCAAAAUGAAUUCAACGAAAGUUUAAAGUUAACAUCAGAUGCAGAAGAAAAUCGAAUCAGGGAGAACAAAGAAGCAACAAGCAAGCUUUCACAAGUUGAUUACCAACUGAAAGCUUCAGAAACGACGGUGAAGAUCAAGGACGAUGAAAUCAAGAGGUUAAACGGGAAAAUCAGUGAUCUUCAAGUGGUAUGUUAUAAAUAUUGACGUUUUUUAUGUUUAGGACUUGAAUCAAUUGGAGAAAAAACUGAAGGAGGUUGAGGAGGACAGAAGGAAGAUUUAUGAGUCAAGAAAUUGUAAGAUUUUAAAUUUGUUAAUUGAAGAUAGAUUGUGAAUGAUGUUGUAUUUGGCUUUUUUACUUUUUUUCUGCUUGUACUUUUGGCUUAAAAAGUUACUUUUUUAAUUAUUGUUUUUGUUAUAUCUGGAUAUUGUGUUAAAUUGUGUUAAUUUUGAUAUUUCCAGCUCAAGAAUCAAAACUGCAAAGAGUUAUGGAAAGUCUACAAGAGGCUAACUUUCAAAACCAACAAUUGACAAAUGAAAAUCAGAGAUUGUUGGAUGAAGAUAGAAGAACAAAACGGGUUUUGGAACAAAUUGAAGAUACUCAUAGGCGAGAAUUGGAUAAAUAUGAACAAAGAUUUGAAAUUGAAGCUUCUAAGCACGAAUCUGAAAUGGUAACCGUCUUUUAUUCUUUGAUUAUUAUUUUUUUAAAGUUUAUAAAUACUAAAAUAAAAAUUCUGAAUUUUUAACGAUAAUAAUUUAGGCCGGAAUUCACAAGCAAUAUGAAGCCGAAUUGGCUGAAAAUGUGGCAGCCAUCACAACUCGUCUUCAGUUGGAAAUGGAAACUCAAAGGAAGAUUCAUGAAAAAGCAUUGAAAAAAGCGAAGGAUCAAACGGAUGAACUUAUGAAGUAUCGAGAACAAUAUUUCCAACUACAGAUGAAGUUUAAAGAUCUUGAGGAUAAGGCAACAAAGCAAGCCUGUGAAAGUUUAGAUGAUGCUAAAAGAAGGUUGAUCAUGGAGCAAGGUGAGUGGUGAUUACUUGUUUUUAAAAAAUAUUUGUUGUUUCAAGUUUUUUUAAAUGAAGUUUUAGUUAUUUUUUAUUAACAUAGAGAAAUUUUUGUGGAAAUCCGUUUUAUAAAUAUAAAUUUUAGCUUUAAAUGCUCGAAAAGUCUUGGCAAACCGUCAUUUGGCCCAAGAAAAACCUGAAAACUUGGCCAAUGUGUUCUUGAACGAUUUUCGAGGAUCCGAUGCCGGCUCUAUAACAUCAUCUUCAUUGUCGGAUGCGGACGAAAAUCGACCGUACAUAAGACCACCGGUCCCUACAGCUCAAAAACGACACAGGGCAGCAUCGGAAACCAGGGACAAAAGGCCUAGGAGUGUUAACCUUGUAGGUUUAUAUUGUUUGCUAAUUUUAUAUAUUUGUAUUGAUUGCUAAUUUUUUAUAUUUUUAUUGACAGGUUGGUUAGAAACAUGGCUAGUAAUACAAUGCGAUCUUUUCAGGUACCUCAAGUUGUGUUUCAGUCCAGAAACCCGCGACCACCAUUUCGAAAGUAACUAACUUUCCUGAUCUCACUGUAAAGAAUUAGUAUCACAACUAGUAUUUGUAACACUUUUUCGUCAAUAAAUAACUGACUAGCUGAAAUUGACUUGUUUUGUUUUAUAAAUGGGUUUAUUGUGAACGUUUGUCGAUUUGGGAUUAUCACAGAACAAAGAUUUUUAUCUUUCGUUUUUAACAUUUAACAGUGAGACAAGUUUAUGUUAUACUGUUUUUUUAUAGUUUAUAAGGCACAGAACGUUUUAACGUUUCUUUUAGAAAAAUAAAACAUUCGAAAUCGCGAUUGGUCUCACCACGAAAAUCCCUGCUCGUCAGGGAAACAAUGGUUUUUCUUUGGCAUUCAGUUUUACGCUCCAAAAAUAAUUGAAAAACAAUUUUGAAUGAAAUCUGCGGAUAACUUAUUAACGGUUUAGUUAAGUUGCGUAUUUAAGAUUGCCUAUUGAUUUGUUUGUAACUUUAAACGCUCAAUGUCAUUUUGAUUAUUGUUAAUAUUCCAUAUUAUUUUAGGUUUAAAGAUGAAUAGAAAGAAGAAUGCGUAUUUUGAUUCAUCUAGGACAACAGGGAGAAGAGUGUUCAGAAAGGAUGAUGAUGUGGAUACAUGGAGGCCGAUGAAUUUAAAUUCAGAUGUCAUCAAAGCAAGAUUGGCCGAAGAUUUGGCUGGAACACCGUUGGCAAUAGGAAAACAGCUCAAGGCAAGUUUCUAUUUGAAAUUGUCAGUGUUUUUUAUGUACGUUUUUGGUCUGAGUGAAUUACUGAACUAGUUUUUUGAAAUUUUUGUGUUUUAAAAAUUUAGUUUUUUUGAAAAAUAUAGCUUUAUUGAAACGCUGACUUUAUCAUUUUUACAGCUUUAUUUCGAUUUUUGAGUAACAAAUCAGUUUGAACUUAAUAUGUAAACAUUUAGGAUUCAAAAUCACGUCUGCCAACGUCAAAGGCUCCAGUGACUUUAAAUGAUAUAAAGUCAGAAGUAAUCCAACCAGAUGAGGAUGGAUUUAGAAGCCAUGAAUUUUGCCCAGAAAAUGCUAAAGGAGUAAAAAGACCAGAAGUUAGUUCAUACGAUGGUUAUGCCAUUUUUGGAUUGGACAAUGAAACAAAACCUGAGUUGUUAUGCGUAAAAACAGAAGUCGCAGAAGCAGUUGAGUCAGAAGUUAACGAAGUUUUAGCUCCAGAAAAGAUUCAAGUUGCUGAAGUGGCACCUCUACAAGUCACAGAAGCCACGGUUUUGGAUGAAAAUGUACUGUUAAGUCAAAGACAAUGUUCCAAGAAUUUAAAAUCAUCGUCUACACCAUCGGAAGUUUCUCGAGAACCAUUAAACGUAAUUACGCCUAAGCGUUCGACUGGAACAACGAGGUCUUCUAAAGGAUUGACGGCUACUACAACGUCAAUAGACGUCUCUAAGUCAACUGAUAUGACGACCAAUGAUUCUGGCAGAAGAACUUCAUUGUCUAUGUGUAGUUCUGGGGCCUCGGUUUCACCGUUAUUGACUCAGAAUACUUUUGUGUCUACAGUUACGCCUUCCCUGUCUCAAAAUCCUUCUGAAAGAGAAGUUUUACCAUCAAAGUUGCUUGAAUUUACUGGUCGAAAAUCGACAUCGCUUGGGCCUACCGGAUCACCAAGUCAACCGGCCAACAAUGACUUUAAGUGUACUUUCGUCAAACAAAAUAGUUCACUGAAUGGUUGCCUUCGGCAGGUAUAUAUUUUGAAAAAACCAAGAAAAGAUGGAACCACUAUGAAGAAUACGGCUUCAACGUCUGAAGGUAUUACAAGGCUUCCCACUGCUUCAGAAAUGAUGAAUUUACGAAGACGUUCAGAAGCUGCAACGUCAAAUAAACUUGCAACCGCAACAUCAUGUCCAUUUGCAACUUCUUCAGUCAAAAAGCCAGCGGCUAUAAUAAACGCUUCUAGAAUGAAGCUUCGUCCACCACCUUCUCCUCCAAAAUGUCCAGAAUGGGCCAGGGAUCUUGGUUUAGGCGACAAACAUUGGAAGGAUAUUCAGAUGUCAGAACGUCCUAUUGAUGAAGAAGACGCGAAGCUAUAUAGAUCGGCCGAAAAGCGGGAUUUAGAGUUUAAUGACUCUACUGAUUACCAGGAUUGUGAUGAUUAUUGUGGUACUGAAUAUUCCGAUACUUUACAGGAAGGCGGUUUUAAAUAUCCAGAUGAACAGGAGUAUAACUGCAAAAGAUGGUCUAAUCCAUGGAUGAAGAAAGUAAGAGAAAGCACCAAGAAUUACAUUUUUAAUGGUCCUGAUUGGACACGAAGCUGGCUUGUAAAGGAAAAAGAAAGUAAAAAGGAUUCGGAAAGUUCGAAAGCUGCUGAAAGGCAGCAUUCAGAAGAAAUGUCAUCUACUGACGAGCAGGAUAUAUUAUGCUCUUCUUCGGACAUGUGUAAAGUUUUAGAAGGUAAAAAAUGGACUAAAGAACAAAAUUCAAAGGGCUUGAAACUCUUAAGGAAUACAGCACCAAGAGGUAAAAAAUUAACUAAGAAACCAAGUUCAAAAGUCACAGAAUUGACGGAAAAUCAGGGUUUGGAGCGUGAGGAAUCUCCUGAUAUCAUAAUAUUGGAUGAAAUAACACCGACCAAAAAUGAAAAUAAGAAAGCUUCUGGAAGUCAACCUUCAACUUCCCACGAAACGGCCGAAGUUCAGGAGCUGAAUCAAGAAUCUUCAACCAAAAAUGAAAGUAAGAGAGUUUCUGGAAAUCAACCUUCAACCUCCCAAGACACGGCCGAAGUUCAGGAGUUGAAUCAAGAAUCUUUGACCAAGAAGAAAACUCCAAAACUUCACUUCGUUAAACCAAAACGAUUUUUGUUCAUGAAGCCCGAGCCCACCUAUCGUGACAUAUCCCUCAAAAUGAACAGAGAGUUGAAGAGAACCCGUUGUCGGAGUAUGUACGAGUAUGAGAGACGCUUUGGCAAGACUAAGUUCUACCUGACUGUCAGGGAAUAUUUGACGGUAAACAUGAGAAGGAGAUAUUUGGAGUCACGUAGAGAUAAUAUUUCUGAAGAGCGACAGGUCAGCAUGGUCGAUAAUUGUAUAAAAUUUAUUAAUGGGCGUCAACCAAAUUCUGAUAAGAAGAGCCAAGAUUCUAAAAAGAAAGCGAGAAAAGGUGGUGUUACCAAGAAGAGAAAAGACGAAGAAAGUGGUUCCAAGAAGGACGAUGAAGAACAUGGUCCCAAGAGCAACAAUAAUGACGAAGAUGGCACCACAAAUGCUGAAAAGGUACCAAUUGAAGACAGAAGCCAAGCAGCACCAAGUAGUACCGAAAGGGUCGGAAAAGUGCCAAAUAACAAUGAAGUGGCACCAGUUGUUGCUAGUAAAAAGAAGGGAAGUAAAAGUACCAAAAAGAGUAAAAAGGUACCACAAGUAGAUGAGGAAGAAGCUGUAAACGAAGAAGUAUCGAAUAAAGACAAAGAAGGAGGUAAAACACCAAAAGGAAAAGCACCAAUUUCAAACGAAAAAGAACCAACUGCACCAACAAGAAGAUCCAAAAGAAUAGCUGAAACUAAAGAAAAGCUAGUUGAUAAUGAUGGUAAACCUAUGGUAGACCUGACAACUUGCGAAGAAUCUGCAAAGCGAAGGAAGAUUGUUGUUGAAGACUUGCAUUUGUAA